AUGCCCGGCAUAUUCUCCAAGAACCCCGACCUGGAGUUUGACUCUCUGCAGCCCUGCUUCUAUCCGGAUGAAGACGAUCUCUACUUUGGGGUCCCGGGCUCGACUCCCCCGGGAGAGGACAUUUGGAAGAAGUUUGAGCUGCUGCCCACGCCUCCGCGAUCGCCCAGACGCGCGGUCCUGGAGCACAGCGCGGUGUUCUCGCACUGGACCAACGAGAUGAUGUUGGCGGAGGCCGAUGUGUGGAACUACGCAGCCGAAGAAAAUGCGUUCAGCCUGGGGGUACUGGCCACUCUCACCCCAAACCCCGUCAUCCUCCAGGACUGUAUGUGGAGCGGCUUCUCCGCCUGCGAAAAGCUGAAGCGCGCGCUGAGCGAGAAGCUGCAACAUAACCGCGGGAACCCGAACACCGGCCCCGCCACCCCGGCCCUGGGACCGGACGCCACCAGUUCCCAGGGCUGUGCGCAGGAUGAGUCGGCUGAAGCUAGCUGCACGGAGGACGCUUUGCCCGCCAAGAUCGCCCACUCUGCCGCCAAAAGCGCGGACCCCGCUCUGGCGUUUCCAUUCCCUGGAACCCAGCACGAGCCGGCGCUGGCCCCCGUGCCCGCCGCUCGGGCCAGGGCUUCCGAGGCCAGAUCUGCAGCAGCCCGGGCUGCCCGGACCACUGCCUGGAUGGUCGCCCCUUCGAGCUCAGGCGGCCACCUGGCUAUAGGUGGGGGUCACAAUGCCCUCAGCACCUCCGGAGAGGAUACUUCAAAGGGUUCAGACUACGGGGAUGACGGUGAGGAAAUCGAUGUGGUGGUGUUCACUGAGAAGUAUUCCUCCUCCCCCAACAACAACGAGGCUGCGACCACAUUCAUCACCACCUUGAGCCCCAAGAAUGCAACCCUGGGCCUGGGGCCCGUGCACUCCAGUGAGCUGAUCCUGAAGGGCUGUGUCCCCAUCCACCAGCUGCACAACUACGCGGCUCUUCCACCCGAAGUGGAGAUGGAGGAUGCACCUUCUCCGAAAAAGAUCAAGAACGAGGUGUCCCCACGGCCACUCAAGAGCGUUAGCCCCGCAAAGUCUAAGAGCUCCAGCCCACGACCUUCCGGCUCAGAGGGUGAGCGUCGUCGCAACCACAACAUUCUGGAGCGCAAACGUCGCAGUGACCUGCGGUCCAGCUUCCUCGAGCUCAAGGAUCACAUUCCCGAGCUGGUGGAAAAAGAGAAGGCCGCCAAGGUGGUCAUCUUGAAGAAAGCCUCCGAUUAUAUACACGAGCUUCAUGCCCAGGAGCAGCGGCUUCUUCUGGAAAAGGAGACCUUGGAGGCCACAAAGCAGCAGUUGCUAAAACAAUUAAAUGCACUUUAA